AUGAAAGAGUCAGAUUGUGCUUGGAGCAGUGAUACUAGGUUGUUCUUGUGGCUGGAACAAAGGGAAAAUGGUCAACUUUUGCUUUUCUUUCCAAUAUUAUACGAGCAGAAGGAUAUACAUAUAGUUGUUAUUCUUGCUAGUCCACAUAUUCUGCGUUUCGAAGACCGCAUUCGGUGUAAUGGAGAUCCUGUCUCUGCAUCCACGCCUAAUGAUCUUUUCAAAUCAGUCAAACCGAUCCCUGAUCAGUCUUAUUCAAGAGGAAAAUGGUUCUUUGAGUCAUUUUGA